AUGGAUCACCUCUCUGAGAAGCCUGUUCCAGUGUUUAACCAUCCUCUCGGUUACCUCUUCAAUUUUGCCACUGCUGCUACAAAAAAGAUAUCUGAAUCCGUUGCAGAAACAGCACAGACAAUAAAGAAGUCUGUAGAAGAAGGAAAAAUCGACAGUAUCAUUGAUAAGACAAUUAUUGGAGAUUUUCAGAAGGAACAGAAGAAAUUUGUCCAAGAGCAGCAAACAAAAAAAUCAGAAGCAGCAGUGCCUCCCUGGGUAGACAGCAACGAAGAAGAGACAAUUCAACAACAAAUACUGGCCUUAUCAGCAGAUAAACGAAAUUUUCUGCGGGAUCCUCCAGCAGGUGUGCAGUUUAAUUUUGACUUUGAUCAAAUGUACCCUGUUGCAUUGGUGAUGUUACAAGAAGAUGAGCUUCUCAAUAGGAUGAGGUUUGAUCUCGUUCCCAAACAUGUCAAGGAGGAGGUAUUCUGGAGAAAUUAUUUCUACAGGGUGUCCUUAAUUAAACAGUCAGCACAACUCACCGCGCUUGCAGCUCAACAGCAAGCAGCAGGAAAAGAGGAGAACAAAGGCAGGGAAGAGGAGAAUCAACUGAAAGAAACAGUACGGCCAAAAACACCGCCUGUUACAAUAAAGCCUCAAAUAAAAUCUCAAGAGGAUGAGGAAGAGAUUUCCACAAGUCCAGGUGUCUCAGAAUUUGUGAGUGAUGCCUUUGAUGCCUGUAAUCUGAAUCAGGAAGACCUAAGAAAAGAAAUGGAACAACUGGUGCUAGACAAAAAGAAAGAAGAGACUUCAGCAGUAGAAGAAGAAACUGCUGAUUGGGAAAAGGAAUUACAGCAAGAGCUUCAAGAGUAUGAGGUGGUGACGGAAUCAGAAAAGCGUGAUGACAACUGGGAUAAAGAAAUAGAAGAAAUGCUGCAAGAAGAAAAUUAAGCAUUUUCUCAAAAACAUUAUAACCCCAAGCUUUUUCUGAAGAUCGACAUGGAUAUCUGCUUUCAUAUUUUGCUUACAAAAGACCUUCAAAAGACAUGAAAGAAUCUAAAGUUGUUAUAAUUCCAUAUGGGAAUACAACCAAUAUUUCUGUUCUUUAUAUGAGCAGUUUCUGAACUUCUGCAUUCUUCAAAAGAAAAAAAAAAGAGGAGACAGACACUGCAGGUUGUAUGUCACAAUUAAAAGCGAUAGCAUUGUUACGUGAAACAACAGUUUAGUUUGAGGCAUUUUUAGGUGGUCAAGAAGCUCUGCAAA